UUUGGUUGUGCCGUUUCCAGGAACAUGUCGGCGGACGAAUGCCGUGUCGAAGGCGACGAUGGACUGGGAGACCCUGACGUGAAGAUCAUCCUUUUGGGCGAUUCCGCCGUGGGCAAGUCCAAGUUAGUCGAACGCUUCAUGAUGAAUGAAUACCAGCCUCGUCAAUUGUCCACGUUUGCGUUGACGUUGUUCCGAAAGGAUUUCACGACGCCAGACGGCAAGUCCGUCAAGAUCGACUUCUGGGACACGGCCGGCCAAGAACGAUUCAACAGCAUGCAUGCGUCAUACUACUUUGGCGCGUCCGCGUGUAUCCUUGUGUUUGACGUCACUCGGAAGACAACGUACCAGCACUUGGCCGACUGGUACAAGGAGCUGAGGGAAUACUGUGAAACCAUCCCGUGUUUCCUCGCGGCAAAUAAAGUGGACGUUGAUUUGGAGGUAUUAUGUUAUUCCCAGCAAAUAUUUGUCGUGGAAAUAUUAUGCUGAAUGAUGUAAAAUAAUCAUAUUAACUGGUAGAUUCAUGUUCAACAGGUCAUUUCUUUCUUGAAACGUUGGUAUUAGCCUCUUCUUAUUAUAUUUAAUUUUAUAAUGCUCGUCAUCUAUAAACUACCAACUUUUCACAACAUUUUCUGACUUCUAUUUUCAUAUUAAUUACUCAAAAUUUCAGCAAAUUCAGACGUAGAAUCGGUUGAUUGGUUUUUAUCCCAAUAGAAGGAUGUUUUUCUUCGCGGCGAUAAUAUAUUUAUAUUCAUAUUUGGCGUGCUAAUAUUUCUUCCGUGGUGAAAAUACUACGAGUAUAUAUAUAUAUAUAUAUAUAUAUAUAUAUAUAUUCAGCAUACGUUAUCAUAACGAGCAGGUGACGAACAAAAAGUUUAAAUUUGCCGAGACACACAACUUGGGGUUUUCGUUCGUGUCGGCUGCCGACGGCACCAACGUGGUCAAGCUCUUUGAAGAUGCAAUCCAAGCAGCCCUCGACUUCAAGCACGAAGGCGGCGAUUUCGUGUCGGACGUGCUGGACUUGCUCAACGAGUCUCCCUUGGACAAACCUUCUCGAAAGUGACCAAGUGCGCCACGAAGGUUAUGCAAAAGAAAUACAAUAUGCGAAGACAACUGCUGUCGAGUUCAGUCGCGUACAUAACGAUAGACGUGUAUUCGCAUAGUACUUUGGUAUAUAAGUUGGGCCAAAUAAAACAGAAAUGAGACAUUGCCGUAA